GCUGAGCAGGAGCAUACGGACUACAGCUAUGGAUACACAUGGGUCCAGUCUGCUCUAUCUCACCGUCCUCUACCUCACCCUGGCAGAGGUGUGGAGCAAGCAUGGGGAGCAGAGAAACCUGUUUGCCCUGAGAGCAUGCUGCAGAAGACAGAGCCACUUUGUUUACAUUGGUCAAGACAUCUCUGGGAGUCCGGUCAGUAUGGACGUGGGCAUGUGCCGUUCCCACUGUGGGAGCGCGUACAGGACAUCAAACGAUCGCACGCAGCAGGAUUACCUCAAGUAUUCCUCAAUGCUGGAAUUUCUCCGAAGCAAAAAGAUGGGGCCGCGAACGACGUACACGGAGAGCGCGGAGCCCCCCGAGCACACACCGUCUUGCGGGGAGAGCCACGUGUGCGAGCCCACGGGGAUGAGAGUGGACCGGGUGCUUCUGUUUGAAGGGCCACGGGAGGUCGAGGUGAUCCAGGAAUGCCAUUGUGAAACAAGAAUCACCCAGUGUCUCCGGACCCCUGCAUUGAGGACCUAUUUCUUUGAGACGCCUUACGAGAAUGUUGUCGACGUCGGAGGAUGCACUAAGUCCAAGGGCUCCCCAGAUGGAUUCUCCUGUGUCCCCACCAAGUUUGCCUCAGCCAUAGUGGAGACCCCCAACAAACUGAACCUCGUCCAGACGGUGGUGGCCUGUGAGCUGAAGGAGAGUUGUUACCGAGUCCCAUCUAUCGAGUACUACUACGAAAUAGUGGACCAAACAGACGGAAUCAAAGAGGAGAAACUAAAGGAAAUAGACGUGGGCAGAUGUAUGGGAGGCUGCACUGCAGGAAACCGAUGCCUUCUCAGGAGCCCCUCUGAUCCAGAAAUAUGUCGACUUUGGGCUGAAAGACCACAAACCUCUUGUGCUCCACAAAGCCAUGAGAGCCACACUUUCCUGAACCAGCAUGGACAGACCCGCACCGUUCUUUCCAUUACCUCGUGCCAAUGCCAGAACUAAAUAUAGCGCCCUCCAGUGGAGCGCACCUGAACUGUUCCCCGCUAGGACGUUCGGGACGUGUAUUUCUAAUGCGGUUUUAGUAUUUUUGAUACAAUUUUGAUAUUUCACGUAAGCCUUUCGUCUCUUCUCAAAUAGUAUUGUAUUAUAUGUAAUAUAUGUAAACUAUAUAUUUUGUAAAUAAAACCUAUCCUAA